CAUCUCCCCUUUUUCUUAGUUUUGACUAGACUCUAUCCGAUUCCGUCCACCAACUGGCGCGCCCAGACCGUUGAGCGAGUCUAACGCGCGGCAUAGUCAUGGCGUCGACAUCGGCACCGGCACCUUCGACGCCCGAGCCCCGGCCGACCGUCAGCGAAGAAGAAAAGAAAUCACCCUUGUUCUCCUCCCACCUUCCCGCCUAUUUCAUUAAGGACGGUUGUGAGCCCCUUAGAACGCUUAAAGAUUAUCCAGUGCGUUCAGAAUUGGAUUUCCUGCCACCAGUCUCUGAUUUGGGACAACAUUGGCGCUGCACCAGACAAGUGCAGCCUCGGACCAGUGGCCAGCCCUAUCAUGGCGUAUGGCGUUCCCUUGUUCGUAUGUGGAAGGAAGAAGGGUUUAAGGGUUUCAUGCGAGGAAAUGGCAUCAACUGCGUUCGCAUUAUUCCAUACAGUGCGGUGCAAUUCACGACGUAUGAACAGUUAAAGAAAUUUUUCACUGGAAAUGGGGCGAAACAGUUAGAUACCCCAACGAGGCUGUUGUCAGGCGCCCUUGCUGGCAUCACCUCUGUCAGUGCGACUUACCCUCUCGACCUCGUUCGUGCGCGGCUAUCCAUUGCGUCGGCAACAAUGCAUGGCACGAACGCAAGCUCGAAUGCGACAGCUGCUGCAGUUGCUUCGCCAUCAGUGCGACAAGCUGCUCCCCUUUCAUCCACAAUUUCUAGUUCGUCGAAGCCGUCUACACUCGCCGCUGCCAUGUCCACGGUGGCUGCCUCAUCAUCUGCACGUGCUCGCGGUGUGCCCGAGGUGCCUGGUAUGUGGGCUAUGACCCUCAAGGUUAUGCGAGAGGAGGGUGGUGUUAAGGCUUUGUACAGGGGCAUCGUCCCUACCGCUGUCGGCGUGGCGCCGUAUGUGGGAAUCAACUUUGCAGCGUACGAGAGCUUAAGAGGAAUCUUAACUCCUCCAGGACGCGACCACUCAGUAUGGCGCAAGCUCACUUGCGGUGCUUUGGCCGGGUCUAUUUCCCAGACGCUUACCUAUCCCUUUGACGUGUUAAGACGGAAAAUGCAGGUGACAGGUUUGAAUACGAUGGAUUACAAGUGUAACAGCGCUUUCGAUGUCAUACGGUCAAUCUUGUACACCGAAGGUCCCUUAGGCUUCUACCGUGGAAUUUGGCCAAAUUUGUUGAAGGUUGCUCCUAGUAUUGCCACAUCAUUUUAUACCUACGAGCUUGUCAAGGAAUUUCUCCAGAAGCUAUAGAGCAGCGUCAUGAUACACAUAAACCGUAAGAGUAAUUAGCCUUUAAGCUCACAUAUUUCUUUCCUCUUGGAUUGGACUGGACUGGGUGUGCACAUCUUCUUUAUGAUUGAAAAUCCUCUUAUCCGAGAGCCUGCAAUGCCCUUAUUAACCACUGUUUGCCUUACGAAGAAGACCAUCAUCCGAGUCCAUAUUGUUUAUUCAUUUGUUCAUUGCCAGUUACCAACACUAUCGCUUUGUAGAUCGCAAUAAUUCCAUUCCGAAACAUUGCCCCAUUGCACAUACUUCUGAUUGGCGCCCGUUGCGAUCAAGCUUGU